CUCCGAGUCUCAGCCUGCCAAGGUCAAGGGAUGAUUUAUUGAUAUGAAUGACAUUCGCUGAUAUUUUUGGAUUUGCCAUCGUGAGGAAAGGAAGGCUGAGCUCCCAGAGCCAAACCCACCUGCUGUGUUCUGAUGGAGAUGGAGUUGGUGGGAUCCUAUAAAAGUGCACAACAAGACGCCAGGUGGAGAGCUCUUGGGCACCCAGAAAGGGACACUUGUCACAAGCAGGCAGCGAGCUGACAGCACACAACUACUCCACACAGAAUGGCACACGCUUGGGGAUAUGGUCCUGACAAUGGACCAGCAACUUGGCACCAUGCCUUCCCUAUUGCCCAUGGAGAUCAUCAGUCCCCUAUUAACAUUGUAUCAGCCGAAGCUAAGUAUGACCACCACCUUAAGCCCAUAAGCAUCAAGUACGACCCGUCCACGGCCAAAGUCAUCCUGAACAAUGGACACGCCUUCAAUGUGGAGUUCGACGACUCAGAAGACAAAUCAGUGCUUAGUGGGGGAGCAGUGAGUCACCCCUACCGCCUUAAGCAGUUCCACUUCCACUGGGGAUCUUGUGACGGUCAUGGCUCGGAGCAUACAGUCGAUGGAGUCAAAUAUGAAGCAGAGCUUCACUUGGUUCACUGGAAUACAAAAUAUGCCAGCAUGGCAGAAGCCGUAAAACACUGUGAUGGACUUGCUGUGGUCGGGGUCUUUUUAAAGGUAGGAGAAGCACAUCCAGGCUUGCAGAAAGUACUUGAUGCACUAAAGCUUAUACCAAACAAGGGUAACGAGGCACCCUUUACUGAUUACGAUCCUUCUGUCUUACUUCCCAAUUCACUGGAUUUCUGGAAUUAUAAAGGAUCUUUGACUACUCCCCCAUUGCUCCAGUGUGUUCUGUGGCAUGUCCUGAGGGAACCAAUAGCUGUGAGCAAUCAGCAGCUGUCACAGCUGCGUAGCCUUUUCUUCAAUGCUGAAGGAGAUACCCCUUGUUGCAUGGUGGACAACUUCCGCCCACCUCAGCCUCUAAAGAGCCGUCAUGUGAGAGCUUCAUUCCAAUAGGACAAGACUCCUCUGCCUAGAUUGCGCUGGAACCAUUUUUAAAAAAUGCUCAAUUUUUAUUUGCUGCAUCUCUUAUUCCUGAAUCUAUACUCUCCUCUCAUGGCGACAUAUUUACCAAAGAGUGAAAAGAGUGCAACAGUUCAAUAGAAAGAAACUCCCAAGUUCUCAGUUCACUUCUAUAGGGUUUCUAUGGCAUGAAAAUAGAGUUACAGUUAUAUGACAAAUAAGCCCUAAGAAAAGCCUAUGCAAGUGAACAAAAAGCUGUGAAAUUUCCCUCAGUUUUCACCCUUUGAUAAAUAUGCCUUCAAGUGUGAGAUUGUGAUUAAUGAAAUGUGAAGGUCAUCUGGGAAAAGCAAAUCACCAGUUAUAUGAGAUGUUGCUUAGCAUUUGCCUCUAUAUUCUUGCUAAAACAUAUGCUGCACUGUUAUACUAACAAGAUAGGGGAAGGGGAGAAUUCACCAAAACACAGGAUGUCGUCAUAUAUAUUUUUUUUUAAUGAAAAAAAACCUAAUUUACCAAUUUAUAAGCAAUAAAACCAGCAAAACCACCAAAAAUGGCAACUGAAAUAAGUGUGGCACAGAGACAUAUUAAUAGAUAUGUAAGUUUGUGUUACUACAACAUCAUUGCACUUUUGACGUGAUAUUUUGCUCUUAAACAGCAAUUUACAAUUUUGAAAAAAGAGCAAUAUUUUAAUGGUAAAAUAUAACAAAUUAUAAGUUUGACAUCCGUGAAUUCCUCCCUAGAGCUCCUAGAAUUGUUGUAGGCUUCUCUGCUUAAUAAAGAAACUUGAAUUUAAGUACAUACACUGAUAUGUAUUAAAAAAUGUGAACUGAUUUUCAAAUUGUUUAUCAGUUUGGAUUAUUCAGACAUCGCUUUUAAGAGAGGUAUACAGAUUUUACAUUUAUAUAGCUUAUAUUAAAUGUCUUAAUAAUGGUGCUUAUUUUGCACCUGUCUUAACUUCAACUAGCAGAUGAAUUAUAUAUUACAAUAAAUAUAUAUAUAAAUAUAUAUAAAUAUAUGUGUAUUUUGGAUACCUUAAUAAAAAGUUAUACUUGCAAUCA